AUGAAGUCAAUCAUCAUCAUCACCCUCAUCUCCAUCCUCGUACUGUCAACCCUUACCGAAGCCAAAAGACCAAAAUCAGGUCACGCCAAGCGCAAACCCCACCCUCGCCGCACCAACUCGAUCCAAGGUGAAGGUCUAGUCAAGGACUUGAAGAGCCAAAACUCAUCCUGGCAUGCUGAACUUAACCACCGCUUCAAAAAUCGCAACGUCGACGAAAUUCUAAAAUCAUUGGGCGUAGCCGAUGACCAUGAUGACAUUGUUGAUGAAUACGAAGCCAAGCAUCCAGUUGCCAAUGAUGUUUAUGGUUACAGUAACACUGCUAUUCCAUCAUCGUUCGAUUCAAGAACUCAAUGGCCGCAAUGUAACAAGACGAUCGCUAGAAUUGCGGAUCAAAGCAAAUGUGGCAGUUGUUGGGCUGUCUCCUCGGCUGGUGCCUUUUCUGAUCGUAUGUGUAUUGCGACUAAUGGUUCAAAGGUGGUCAAUUUAAGUGCUGACGACCUGUUGACUUGUUGUAAUGGCUGUGGGGUUGGGUAGGUUGAUUUUGGUUACUGCAGGCUUAAAAGUCGUAUAGUAAUAGGUUUAGCAUACUGCAGUGAUAGUAAUAUAGGGUAUGAUACGAGAGGGUAAGGUAAGUUCAUACAGGGUAAAUUACCAUAAAGCAGAGUAGGUACAGUAGGGCUUAUAGUACGGUAGGGCAUAACGUACAGUAGGGCCUAGAGUACGAUAGGGCAUAGGGUACAGUAGGGCUUAGGGUACGGUAAGGCCUAGGGUACAGUAGGGCUUAGGGUACGGUACGACCUCGGAUAGAGUACGGCUUAGAGUACGGUAAGGUCUAGAGUACGGUAGGACAUAGGGUAAGGUAGGGUCUAGGGUACCGUGGAGAAUAACAGUCUUAUAAUUCCGGUCAAAAAAUUCAUAGAAAACCAUAAAUUUACUAUAAAAUGUGCUUUCCAGCUGCACUGGAGGAUACCCAUUCAAAGCCUUCAACUACAUCAAGCAAUAUGGUGUGGUAUCUGGCGGUGAUUACAAUGAUAACAGCACUUGUAUGCCUUAUCCUUUCCCACCUUGUUCCGGCUCAGCGGCUAGCUCUUACUCUCAAUGUGUUGGCUUUGGGGGUGAUUUCAAUGCUCCACAAUGCACUAGCCAAUGUCAACAAAGCUACCGAAGACAAUAUACUCAGGAUAAGAGAUUUGGUACGGUUGUUUGGCUAGAACUUUCUUUACAGUAGAAAAAAAUUGCAAUAACUUUGUUUACAAAAGUUAAAAUGGCAAGAACUUUCUUUACAUAACAAAAAGUAGCAAGAACUUUCUUUACAGAACAGAAGAUAGCAAGAACUUUGUUUACAGAACAAAAAGUAGCAAGAACUUAUUUUUAGCUCUUACUCCACUGUCAUUCCGUCAAAACCCUCAGGCAAUGCAACAAGAAAUCAUGACUAACGGCCCAAUUGUCUUCGCCGCUAUGGAAGUGUACGAAGACUUCUUGUACUACAGAGGUGGAGUCUAUCAGGUAAUGGCAAGAAAUUUCUCUACAAAACAUAAAAUAACAAGAACUUUCUUUACAAAACGUAAAAUGGCAAAAAAAUUCUUUACACGCUUCAAAAUGACCAUUUUUCGUAUUAUAGCACAUGUCCGGAGGCUAUAUUGGACUGCACGCCGUACGAGUGAUUGGCUGGGGUACCCAGAACAACCUGCCAUAUUGGAUCGUGGCCAACUCCUGGGGUUCACAAUGGGGAGAAAAUGGAUUCUUCCGAAUCCUCCGCGGCUACAAUCACUGUAACAUCGAAAGCACCGCCAACGCUGCUACGGUGGAUGUACAGAGAAGUGGUUGA